GCCUGAGUCUGCGCAGACUCAGGAAACUUCGGCCAGGCUAAGAAUGGCGGGCACGGGUUUAGUCGCCGGAGAGGUCGUGGUAGACGCGCUGCCGUAUUUUGACCAAGGUUACGAAGCGCCGGGUGUGCGGGAAGCGGCGGCGGCGCUGGUGGAGGAGGAGACCCGCAGAUACCGACCUACCAAGAACUACCUGAGCUACCUGACAGCCCCGGAUUAUUCCGCUUUUGAGACCGACAUAAUGAGAAAUGAAUUUGAAAGACUGGCUGCUCGACAACCAAUAGAAUUACUCAGUAUGAAACGAUAUGAACUUCCAGCCCCUUCCUCGGGUCAGAAAAAUGACAUCACUGCAUGGCAAGAGUGUGUAAACAAUUCUAUGGCCCAGUUAGAGCAUCAGGCGGUUCGAAUUGAGAACCUGGAACUAAUGUCCCAGCACGGAUGCAAUGCCUGGAAAGUGUAUAAUGAAAAUCUAGUUCAUAUGAUUGAACAUGCGCAGAAAGAGCUCCAGAAGUUAAGGAAACAUAUUCAGGACUUAAACUGGCAGCGAAAGAACAUGCAGCUCACAGCCGGGUCCAAGUUAAGGGAGAUGGAGUCAGCUUGGGUAUCCCUCGUCAGCAAGAAUUACGAGAUUGAAAGGACUAUUGUGCAAUUAGAAAAUGAAAUCUUUCAAAUGAAGCAGCAACACGGAGAGGCGAACAAAGAAAACAUCCAGCAAGACUUCUGAAGAGACAGAUGAAUUUGAUGGGUGGAGGGAAGGCAGACCGGGCUUUCACAGAAAACUGAGCAUUUGAACCCUAAGGGAGAGCAGCACCUCAAAGAGAUCAUCAGUGGUUAAAUGUUUACUGUAGAGUGUGAGCUGUUAUAUUCGUACAUUUUAGCAAAAGCUUUCAGCCUGCUGGGGUUUUUGGGGGAUUUUUUGUUUGUUUUUUUUGUUUGUUUUUGCCAUAAAAAAACAACAGCAACUUUAGGCUUUCAAAGUAAGUAUGACUUUAGAAUGAUAUAUCAUAGAAUUAAUUUUGAACCAAUGGACCAUAUUUUGUAUCCAAGAGAUCUUUAUUGAAAGUUUUUAACAUGUACAGUAAGUUGGAAACUUUCAGUUUAUGUAUUUUCAAAUAAAGGGGUGAGUUCUAAACAGA